AUGAUUCAAGACAGUCCAACCACAGUCAGUAUGGAAGUGCAGACAACGUCUCUGGUCUGGAUAUAUGUUAACGGUACCGAACAACUGAACACUUCAGAUGAGUACAACACAACGGAUUUGAUUGAAAACUCAGACAAAUACCAAUCUUACAUCAUUGGUCUCUUCCUGUCCUGUCUGUACACCAUCCUCCUCUUUCCUAUUGGAUUUAUUGGUAACAUCUUAAUCCUGGUGGUGAACCUGAACCACAGAGAGAAGAUGACCAUUCCCGACCUUUACUUUGUUAACCUGGCUGUAGCUGACCUCAUCCUGGUGGCAGAUUCCCUCAUUGAGGUCUUUAAUCUGAAUGAGAAGUAUUAUGACUACGCUGUCCUCUGCACCUUCAUGUCCCUUUUCCUGCAGGUCAACAUGUACAGCAGCAUCUUCUUUCUCACAUGGAUGAGCAUUGACCGAUACAUUGCCUUGGCUAGCUCCAUAAGCAGCAGCCCGUUGAGGACUAUGCAGCACGCCAAGCUCAGCUGUGGCCUCAUCUGGAUGGCUUCCAUCCUGGCCACCCUUCUACCCUUCACCAUUGUGCAGACCCAGCACAGGGGUGAGGUGCACUUCUGCUUCGCCAAUGUCUUUGAGAUUCAGUGGCUGGAAGUUACCAUUGGCUUUCUGGUGCCUUUCUCUAUCAUUGGUCUAUGCUACUCUCUGAUUGGGCGAAUCCUUAUGAGGGCCCAGAAGCACCGCGGAUUGUGGCCACGGCGGCAGAAGGCCCUGCUCAUGAUUGUGGUGGUGGUUCUGGUGUUCUUUAUCUGCUGGCUGCCAGAGAACGUCUUCAUCAGCAUCCAACUGCUGCAGGGCACAGCUGACCCGUCGCAGAGGACUGCUACCACCCUGUGGCAUGACUACCCACUCACAGGCCACAUUGUUAACCUGGCAGCUUUCUCCAACAGCUGCCUCAACCCUAUUAUCUACAGCUUUCUAGGAGAAACCUUCAGGGACAAGCUGCGUCUCUUCAUUAAGCAGAAGGCUAGCUGGUCAGUAGUGAACCGCUUCUGCCACCAUGGCCUCGAUUUACACCUCCCUGUCAGGAGGGAAGUGUCCGUGGUGUGA